AUGCUCUCCAAAGCUUCCACUUCUAUUCUCUCGUGUGUACGUCUGCGCCGAAUCUCACAUAGCGUUCGAGAAUGUGGACCGAGAUACCUCGAGCCCUCUAGCUUGCUGCCUCUUAGCUAUCACCGUUUACGCCGACGCGUCGUAUGGCCAUGCAUUCCUGCAAUUGAGGCAUACAAACGGCACUUCUCCAGUAUUGCCAUAGUACCAGUCAUCACGCCUCCGGUGGUCUUUGUCGGCCUUGCUUUGACGUUGUGGUUCUACAAAUGCUGCAUGAUGAUCCUGUUUCAGAACAAAAUCAUCUAUAUGCCGUCCGCACCACCCUAUUCCCGACGGGAAAAGAUCGCAGACUAUGCCCGCAUGUGUGGUUCGGUCCAUUGGGAGGAACAACGGAUCACCUCGCUGGACGGGACUCGGAUUUCCCUAUGUAUAGGCCGGCUGCGCGACGAAACUACUAGUGCUUCUCCUAGACAGAGCACCAGCCAUGUCGUAGUACUCUACUUCCAAGGGAAUGCGUCUUCCAUCCCGCCUCGAUUGCCGACUCUCUCCAAAGUGCUAAGCUCUCUCAACUCAGGCAAUGCGUACACGCUUGUCGCUGUGUCAUAUAGGGGCUUCUGGACUUCUCAGGGCAGAGCGUCCCAAAGAGGGAUUGAGAUGGAUGCUGACGCGGCCAUAGCCUGGGCGCAAACCCAUUUCAAGAAUCAUCUCACAGGAAGUCGCCCGAAAUUGGUCCUCUGGGGUCAGAGCAUUGGGGCGUCAGUUGCAGCUGGAGCUGCUUCUCGUUUGCUUCAUGCUAAUGAGUCAAGGAACCUUCAGCUUAGCGGCAUCAUAUUGGAGACACCCUUUGUUAGCAUCAAACGUAUGCUAACGAGUCUGUACCCUCAGAAGUGGCUGCCAUACCGCUACCUCUCACCUUUCCUAUGGAACUGGUGGGACAAUGAAGAGGCACUGCGAACCAUGGCUACCAUUUCUGUUGGUGGAUCUAUUCCAAUAUUGCUGAUUACGGCUGCUCGAGACGAGAUUGUCCCUUCUGACCAGGCAGACGAUCUCCAACGUCUGUGUCAGCAACUAAAUUUCAAACUUACACGGCAUGAUAUUCAGGGUGCUCUUCACACUGAAGCAACCUUGAAAUCCGAAGGCAAGGAAGCAGUUGUCAAGUUUCUCAAGACCCAAAUAUCAUCUGAUCAUGCAGACGAUCGAUGA